AUGGCUCUCUCGCACUACGCCUUCUCCCCUACAAUGGCACGCCACUCCGCCCCACCAUUUUCGGGUUCUGCUUCCGCCCCCAGCCAACCAGGCAGCCCGUCACUAGGACUUCACUCCCUGCGCAACCCCAACCAUUCCGCGAUCGCAAUCAGCGUCUCGCGCCAUUCACGCGAUCCCCAGACUACUUUCGCGUUAUUUGUCCCUCGCGUUGCUGUGACGAGCGAGCAUCGAGGCCGUCGCGCGCUGGUGGUAACCGCAGCGUCUGCAGACAGUGUUUCGGGGGAUUCCGAGCCAUCGCGCGAUGUACCGAGUUCCAGCGCUGUUCGAUCAAUGAACGCCGGCCACGUGGCAGCUGACGUGGUGCGCGCGGCGGAGGCUGCGGUUCUAGCAAGGCGGCAGUACCAUCUGUUGUGCGUGAGCAACGGGCACGGGGAGGACACGAUCGCAGUCAGCAUUCUGAGAGAGAUGCAGGCACUUGCAGCACAGCGGGGCAUGACGGUGCGUGUGUCAGGGCUGCCGCUGGUGGGCAUGGGGGCGCCAUACCACCGCCACGGCAUCCCCACCAUCGGCCCCGCCAAGACCAUGCCCAGUGGCGGGUUCAUCUACAUGGACGGAAAGCAGCUCGCAAACGACGUGGCAGCAGGUCUGCUGGACCUCACGCUGCAGCAGUGGCAGGUGAUGAAGCGGUGGGUGGAGGCGCAGAGCAGCACGGCAGCCGCCAUCCUUGCAGUGGGUGACGUGUUCCCCCUCGCCCUCGCCUGCCUCGCCUCCCACCACUCCACCACGCUCCCUGCCACUGCUGCGCCCACCACUGCCUCAGCAGUGUCACGCGCACCGGCACUGCCCGUGGCGUUCAUGGGCACGGCCAAGAGCGAGUUCUACAUCCGCGGGGACGAUGGCCGCCUGCUGCCCUCGCAGGCCAGAACAUUCGCGGAGAGAUGGUGGCACGGAGGGGGAGUGUACCAUCCAUGGGAGCGAUGGCUCAUGGCGCAUGCAUGCUGCAGGCUGGUGGCAGUGAGGGACCGCCUCACUGCUCAGGUGCUCGCCCACAACAUGCCCUUGGAGGAAGCUUCCCCCUCUGCUUCCCCCUCGUCCUCCCCUGGCGCGGUGCAGGAUGGCAGCGAGGCAGGGCUGUUCAGACAGGGCAAGGUGGCGUAUCUAGGCAACCCCAUGAUGGAUCACAUGGCGCCAUCGCCCCACCUGCACGCCUUCAUCCACACCCACCUCCGCGCGUGGCUGCACCACCACACCACCCAUGCUGCGCACAGCAAGGGGGACGCUCAUACCACGUCACCACACGGGGCGUCCCCGAGCGAUGCAGCGUGCCAGAGCAGCAGCAGCAGCCCGUUCCGCCACGUGUUUGCCAUCCUGCCCGGCUCCAGACCGCCUGAACUUGGGGCGCCUGCUGCUCUUGAGGGGCUGCAAGAGGAAGGGAAGGAGGGGGGCUGUGGAGAGCGAUGCAGUGCUGCUGCAGGGAGGAGCAGCGGUGGGGCAGCGAGCAGUGGUGUGGGGAGCACGGGGGGAGUGCGGGCGGUGGUGGUGCUGGUGAGGGGGGGAUUCGCUGAGUGCGCUUAUGAGGCCCAUGGCGCCCUGGCCAUGGCUGGCACGGCCACCGAGCAGAUGGUGGGGCUGGUCAAGCCAGUGUUCAUCAUGCCGGGCAAGGGCCCUCAGUUCACGGCACUCUUUGCCGAGGCACAGACCCGCCUGCUGGGAAAAUCU